AUCCAAAAAAGAACACUGUGAUCUCAACGGUCCGAAGGGGGGCGUUUUGGUAAUUGAAUACCUGAAAACGCCAACUGAUGGGCAGCUGGUGACCUGUUGAAGACAAGAGCUCGCUAGCUAACUCCCCCACUCGUCAGUCGCCAUUAACAAGUGAUGCUCUUCCCUCCUCAUUGACGCCUUUUCCUACUCAUUUCUCUCUUCCUUUCUUUGCUUCUACUCUCUCUUUCUCUCAGUGGCUGUCCGACUCUUCUUUUCCGCUUCUUUUUCUUGUUUUGGGCUUAAAAGCAGAAAGAGGAAUUGAUUCUCUCUUUCAUGUAAUUCUGGGUGAUAUUUUCCUGGAAAAAUCAAUACCCAUCUGGGAAAAUUCUUCAAUGGCAACUGGGUCGAGCUCGGGAACUUCUAAGAAGGCCGAAACGCAGAAGGGCAACACUAAACUUGAGCCGGCGAUUCCCAACAUCGAGCCAUUUGUGCCAAGAAGAGAUCACAAUCCGAAAGAACUGAAAUCUUGGGCCAAGAGGACGGGUUUUGUAUCAGUUUUCUCGGGAGAAGUUGCUACUAGUGCUAGCGAGAGGGAUCGGAAUGAGAAGAACGAGAGUGCUAGGUUUGAUUUGGAGAAGGGUAUUGAUCAGAGAAACGGGUCGUCUUCGCCGAAAAUUGAGAUCGAUCCUGUCCUGGGACUGACAAGAAAUAGGGGAAUCGAAAUUGAAUCGGAAUCUGGGCCUGGGCGUGUUUUGCCCAAGAGUAAAACUGACGGCGUUUUGAGGUUGAGGGAUGGACAGGGGGCAGCUCAGAAUCAGGGUGGGAGAAUUGGGAAUGAGCCAAUUUUGUCUGAGGAUGACGACAAGAAAGUUAGUUUGAAUGUGCAGGAGAAUGGGAUUGUGAAGGGAAAUGGGCGUGAAGUUGCACAAGUCACUCCGGUUGCUGAGCCCAAGAAAGAAGAUGACAAAGUUGAAGAUGAAGUGGGAAUCACUGUGUAUCCGGACGGUGAAGAACCUCCUCCCGGAGGAUGGCGAAGAUCGUUGCGAAUGAGAUGCGGGUUGAGAGACAAUCCUGGUUUUGUGCCACUUAUUUGUUAUGGCGUGCAACACUAUUUAUCGUUGGCUGGUUCUCUUAUUUUCAUCCCUUUAAUCCUUGUCCCAGCCAUGGGUGGAACUGAUAAGGAUACAGCCACCGUGAUCUCCACAAUGCUGCUGGUUACUGGCAUUACGACGAUACUGCACUCUUUCUUUGGUACUCGGCUUCCUUUAGUUCAGGGGAGCUCAUUUGUAUAUUUAGCACCAGGAUUAGUUAUUAUGAAUUCUCGGGAUUUUCGAAAUCUUACAGAACAUAAAUUUAGGCACAUAAUGAGGGAAUUACAAGGGGCUAUAAUUAUUGGUUCAAUUUUUCAAAGUAUUUUAGGAUUCAGUGGUUUGAUGUCUCUUUUAUUAAGGCUGAUAAACCCGGUUGUUGUUGCACCAACAGUUGCUGCAGUAGGUUUAGCAUUUUUUAGCUAUGGUUUUUCUCAAGCUGGUAGUUGUGUGGAAAUCAGCAUUCCUCAGAUUCUAUUGGUUCUUUUAUUUACCCUGUAUCUACGUGGGGUAUCCAUCUUUGGACAUCGAGUAUUCCGAAUUUAUGCGGUUCCCUUGAGUGUCAUUAUUAUAUGGGCAUAUGCUUUCUUUUUGACAGCUGGUGGGGCCUAUGACUACAAAGGUUGCAGUCCUAAUAUACCUAGUUCAAACAUUUUAGCUGAUGCAUGCAGAAAGCAUGCAUACACCAUGAAGCACUGUCGGACAGAUGUUUCCAAUGCAUGGAGAACUGCUGACUGGGUCAGAAUUCCUUACCCUUUACAGUGGGGUAUGCCCAUCUUCCAUACGAGGACAACCAUCAUUAUGAUCAUUGCGUCACUUAUUGCAUCAGUGGAUUCGGUUGGAAUAUAUCACCUGGCAUCCUUGCGAGUUAAUAUAAAGCCCCCAACCCCAGGAAUCGUGAGCAGGGGGAUUGGGUUGGAAGGUUUUUGUAGUGUGCUUGCUGGCUUUUGGGGCACUGGUACCGGCUCUACAACCUUGACAGAAAAUGUCCACACUAUUGACAUAACGAAAGUGGCAAGUAGAAGGGCCAUUCAGUUUGGAGCUGUUCUCAUGAUCCUCUUUUCAUUUAUAGGAAAAGUGGGUGCCAUUCUUGCUUCUAUACCACAAGCCUUGGCUGCAUCCAUACUGUGCUUCAUGUGGGCUUUAAUUGUGGCAUUGGGUCUCUCAACUUUGCAGUACAGUCAAACUGCUAGUUUCAGAAAUAUAAUAAUAGUUGGUGUUUCGCUGUUCCUCGGUUUAUCUAUUCCAGCAUAUUUUCAACAGUAUCAAGCCAUUUCCAGUUUAGUGCUGCCAAGUUAUUUGAUUCCUUAUUCGGCAGCUUCAGAUGGACCAGUCCAUUCUGGCAGUAAGCAACUUGAUUUUGCAAUCAACGCGCUCUUAUCAAUGAACAUGGUGGUAACACUUUUGGUGGCAAUUGUCCUGGACAACACUGCUCCAGGCAGCCGGCAAGAGAGAGGGGUAUACAUAUGGUCAAGGGCUGAAGACAUGGCAGCAGAUCCAUCUUUGCUGGCAGAUUAUUCCUUGCCGAGGAAAGUUGCUAGGUAUUUUGGAUGGGCAAAAUGUUUAUGCUCAUGAUACUUAGCAGAUGGCCACUUCAGUGAAUGUGUGUUCGAGCUGGUGUCAAUUGCAUUGUUAGAAGGCCACUUCCGCUGUGGGAACUGCGAAACUUGGAUGGAAGAUGGAACGUACAGCUCAAAUGAGGAAAGGUGAAUAUAUACAUAACACAGUUAAUCUCUCUCCUUGUACAGAAUUUCAUAUAUUGUCACACUGCCGGAUAUUGAUUUGUAAGAAACCCAGCGUGUAUAUUCCCCGGAACAAUUAUAGUAGCAGUCAAUGCAUUCUUUCAAAGAAGGAUAUUUCUUCA